AAAGAACAUAUCUGCUCCAACGGUAAAGCUACAAACAAGACGAAAUGCACCAAGUCUCAAAGAACAUAAUAUUCUAGAUCUCCCUAUCUUUUGGUUUUACUUCUUCAAAUUUCAUUUCUGACUUGAAAAAGGUUGAAGAAAACAAUCUCAACUAAAUAUCUUUUUUUUUGGUCAAACUAAAUAUCUUUUUUCACUUAACUAUCUUUAAAGUACAACUUUAAUAUAAACAAGAUUAUCGCAUAGUUGUUUUGAAAUGUACAUUGUACUACACACCAAACUCCAACCCAAACACAAAACUAUUAUAAAUAAACCCACACACACGCAUACAAGAAGGAAACCCUUACAUCAGUUAAUAACAUCUCUAAACAAUAUGAACGACAUGAUGGGUGGAUCUUCUCAUGCCGCUCCGGCACCUUCACCGUCGGCGUUUUUCCAACAUCGCCGCCGUCAUCACGGUGGCAUGAUGCACAUGACCUUCUUCUGGGGGAAAAACACGGAGGUUCUAUUCGACGGAUGGCCAGGGACCAGUCUGACCAUGUAUUGGGUCUGCCUAGCCUCCAUUUUCGUCGCUUCCGCAUUGUCGGAGUGGAUUUCGCGAUGCGGGGUCAUGAAAGCCGGUCCAGCUAGCUUUGGUGGCGGGCUAGUCCAGACGUUAUUUUACACUGUGAGAGCUGGUUUGUCUUAUUUGAUCAUGCUGGCCGUGAUGUCAUUCAAUGGAGGAGUCUUCUUGGCUGCAAUGGCUGGUUUUGGAUUAGGGUUUAUGAUUUUUGGAAGUAGGUCUUUUAAGGACACUGGAAGUAAUAACAAUCACACCGAAAUUCAGUCACAUUGUUGAUUGAUUCUUUGUAGGCUUUCUUUUUUUCCCGUUUAAAUAAUAAUAACGAAAAACAAAUUAUUUCAAUAUUUAAAGAUUUCGUUUUUUUUUGUGUCUAAAGAUAUAAUUGGAUUUUGUUUACGGUCA